CGGCCCCCGGUCCCUGGCCCGGCCUCUGCCAGUCUGCUUCGCGGCGCGGGCGGCUCCGGAGGUCUUAGCGAGCGCGGCGCGGUAACAAGUGGGCGAGGAUGCCGUACGAGAUCAAGAAGGUGUUCGCCAGCCUCCCCCAGGUGGAGAGGGGCGUCUCCAAAAUCAUUGGCGGAGACCCCAAGGGCAACAAUUUUCUUUACACCAAUGGAAAGUGCGUCAUUCUAAGGAACAUCGACAACCCAGCCCUUGCUGACAUCUACACGGAGCACGCCCAUCAGGUCGUGGUGGCCAAGUAUGCACCCAGCGGGUUCUACAUCGCCUCCGGAGAUGUAUCUGGAAAGCUGAGGAUCUGGGAUACCACGCAGAAGGAGCACCUCUUAAAGUAUGAGUAUCAGCCUUUCGCUGGGAAGAUCAAGGACAUUGCUUGGACAGAAGACAGUAAGAGGAUCGCAGUGGUCGGGGAAGGAAGGGAGAAGUUUGGAGCUGUCUUCCUGUGGGACAGUGGCUCUUCCGUGGGCGAGAUCACGGGACACAACAAAGUCAUCAACAGUGUGGACAUCAAGCAGAGCAGACCCUACCGGCUGGCCACGGGCAGUGACGAUAACUGUGCCGCAUUCUUUGAGGGGCCACCAUUCAAGUUCAAGUUCACAAUUGGCGACCACAGCCGCUUUGUCAACUGUGUGCGAUUCUCUCCUGAUGGGAACAGAUUUGCUACAGCCAGCGCCGAUGGGCAGAUCUACAUCUACGAUGGAAAGACGGGAGAGAAAGUGUGUGCCCUGGGAGGUGGCAAGGCUCAUGACGGAGGCAUUUACGCUAUCAGUUGGAGCCCUGAUAGCACCCAUUUGCUUUCUGCUUCCGGAGACAAAACCUCGAAGAUUUGGGAUGUCAGUGUGAACUCUGUCGUCAAUACGUUUACAAUGGGCUCCACCGUUCUGGACCAGCAGCUGGGCUGCUUGUGGCAGAAGGACCACCUCCUCAGCAUCUCCCUGUCUGGGUACAUCAACUACCUAGACAAAAACAACCCCAGCAAACCCCUGCGGGUCAUCAAGGGUCACAGCAAAUCCAUCCAGUGUCUGACAGUGCACAAAAACGGUGGCAAGUCCUAUAUCUACUCCGGGAGCCACGAUGGACACAUUAAUUACUGGGAUUCAGAGACAGGGGAGAACGACUCUUUUGCCGGAAAGGGCCACACGAACCAGGUGUCCAGGAUGACGGUGGACGAGUCUGGGCAGUUGGUGAGCUGCAGCAUGGACGACACAGUGCGCUAUACCAGCCUCAUGCUGAGGGACUACAGCGGGCAGGGAGUUGUGAAGAUGGACGUCCAACCCAAGUGCGUGGCUGUGGGCCCCGGAGGCUAUGCCGUGGUCGUCUGCAUCGGGCAGAUUGUCCUGCUCAAGGACCAGAAAAAGUGCUUCAGCAUCGACAGCCCUGGCUAUGAGCCGGAAGUGGUGGCAGUACACCCCAGUGGUGACACAGUGGCCGUCGGGGGCACGGACGGAAAUGUUCGCUUGUACUCCAUCCUGGGCACCACACUGAAGGACGAGGGCAAGCUCCUGGAGGCCAAGGGCCCCGUGACUGAUGUGGCAUAUUCCCAUGAUGGCGCCUUCCUCGCUGUGUGCGAUGCCAGCAAAGUGGUCACAGUCUUCAGCGUUGCUGAUGGCUACUCGGAGAACAAUGUUUUUUACGGACACCACGCGAAGAUCGUCUGCCUGGCCUGGUCACCAGACAACGAGCACUUUGCCUCUGGUGGCAUGGACAUGAUGGUGUACGUCUGGACCCUGAGUGACCCCGAGACCAGGGUCAAGAUCCAAGAUGCGCACCGACUUCACCACGUCAGUAGCCUGGCCUGGCUGGACGAGCACACGCUGGUCACAACGUCUCAUGACGCCUCUGUCAAAGAGUGGACAAUCACCUACUGAGGACCCCCUCCGUUGGACGGACCGAAUCAGGGACUAGAGCUUACGCAGCCGAACACGUCAUUUCUCCCAGUCUCUCUGCCAUGCGCCCCCACGUCCCCGCCCGCUCAGGAGGGGGGGCCUUACCGCGCGCGUACCCUCGGCUCUCCGCAGGGUGUCCGUACCUGUACACGUCCUUCCGAAAGCUUUAGACAGUGACAGUUUGCACAUGAAAAAUAAAGCAAGCACUUAAACAA